AUGCGCUUGGAGCUGUGUGUGGUUCUAUACAUCAUGCCACUGCUGGUCUGUGUGUUCUGCUACCUGAACUUCAUCCUCAUCCUCAAUAGGACCCCCAACCUUCGUGCAGAGAAAAGGAAGAGAGCCGUCGAAAUGUCAAUGGGGACUCUACUGGUUUUUGUUGUCUGCUUCCUGCCCUAUAAUGUCACCCAUAUACAGGGGUUCAUCAUCCAAGAUGACGUGGGGUGGCGGCUCUAAGCUCUGCUCCUGACCCUGGUCAACACCGUCCUGGAUCCUGUGACGUUCUACUUCUCCUCCUCCACAUUCCAGGCCACCAUGAAGAGGAUCCUGACUGGGAAGCGAAGGAACAGCUCCCCUGGUGUCUUCAUAACAGAUUGA